AUGCCAUCCCGCCUACUUUCUACAGACCCUACUUCAGAAUUGUCCGCUUUGAUGUCUCAGCAAUGGAGAAGAACGCUUCCAACCUGGUGAAGGCGGAGUUCAGAGUCUUCCGUUUGCAGAACCCCAAAGCCAGAGUUGCUGAACAGCGCAUCGAACUGUAUCAGAUCCUCAAAUCCAAAGAUCUAACAUCUCCAACUCAGCGCUACAUUGAUAGUAAGGUGGUCAAAACGAGAGCCGAGGGCGAGUGGCUGUCCUUCGACGUGACUGACGCGGUACAGGAAUGGCUGCACCACAAAGACAGGAACCUGGGAUUUAAGAUCAGUUUGCACUGCCCCUGCUGCACCUUUGUACCAUCUAACAACUACAUCAUCCCGAAUAAGAGCGAGGAGCUUGAAGCCAGAUUUGCAGGUAUUGAUGGCACCUCCACAUAUACCAGUGGUGAUCAGAAAACUAUAAAGUCCACUAGGAAAAAAAACAGUGGGAAGACCCCACAUCUCCUGCUAAUGUUGUUGCCCUCCUACAGACUGGAAUCACAACAGUCCAACCGGCGGAAGAAGCGCGCUUUGGAUGCAGCCUAUUGCUUUAGAAAUGUGCAGGAUAAUUGCUGCCUACGUCCCCUUUACAUUGAUUUCAAGAGGGAUCUUGGGUGGAAAUGGAUCCAUGAACCCAAAGGGUACAAUGCCAACUUCUGUGCUGGGGCAUGCCCGUAUCUGUGGAGUUCAGACACUCAACACAGUAGGGUUCUCAGCUUGUAUAAUACCAUAAAUCCAGAAGCUUCCGCAUCUCCUUGCUGUGUGUCCCAGGAUCUGGAACCACUGACCAUUCUCUACUACGUUGGCAAAACUCCCAAGAUCGAACAGCUGUCCAACAUGAUUGUCAAGUCUUGCAAAUGCAGCUAAGAUCCUUGGAAGAGCGGCGAGACGAAGAUAACGGUGACGAUGAUGCCUGGCGACAAUGAUGAUGACGUGUGUGACGAGGAAAUGCAAGGGAGUCUUGAUUCAGCAAUGUUAAACAUUUUUGAGAAAAAAGCGGUACUAGUUCAAACACUUUGCAAGCUUGGGUUCUGUUUGUUAAAACUGGCAUCUGAGCUGAGACGGCAAUAAAUGUACAUGGAUGGCCUCAUUCUGUGUUUCACCUACUUGUGAGAGAGACCAGGAACGUCUUUUUUUAAGGAAAAAACAAACACUGGAAGAAUUUGUUAGUGUUAAUUAUGUGAAAGCAAAGAAAACCAAACAGGAAAAUCCGUGCAGUGGAAUGACUGUACGUAUUGUUCCCUCCCCAUACCUCCCCUAUUCCUCUGUACUCCUAUGCAAUAGAUGCCCCUCUUGUCCCUCCCCCAGACUUAACAGUGAGUUAUUUAUUGUGUUACUAUAUAAUGAACGUUUCGUUGCCCUUGGAAAAUAAAACAGGUGUACAAAGUGGAGACCAAAUACUUUGCCAGAAACUCAUGGAUGGCUUAAGGAACUUGGACUCAAAUGAGCCAGAACAAAAGAGGUCAUAAUGGGAUGAAAACCUAAGUGAGUUAUUACCUGACCAAGUGAGUCUGCAAAAAGAUAAACACCCCAAGAAUGUGUGCUGGGUACCGACUGUCUAAUGAAGCUUCGUGUAGGCGCAAACACCUAAAAAGCCUGUUAAUAAAACUUUCUGUCUGAAGUCUGUAAGAUUUUUUUUCCUUUUGAUUGUAAAUGAUUCUUUGUUAGUUUAAUCAAGCCAAUGGAAUCGAGAAAUGUUUCAUGUGUAUUGGCCAGAAUUUGGACCUUGAAGUUGCAGCAGGGCUAUCCAGGUUGUACCUCUGUUUUGGUAUAUGUAACCAUAACUAUAUUAGUAACAUAGAUGGGUCUAGGAACCAGCAUAAUUGAAAACACAUCUGCAGAUCUCUUUCACAAACUAUUAAAUCAAAGCAUUAACUACUUUAUGUGUAAUGUGUAAAUUCUUACCAUAUUUUUUAUAUUCUGUAACAAUAAUUAUGAUUUAGAUUGGACUUAAAUUUGGGAUCCUUUUUAAAUGACCAUUCAUAAUUGUAUGUUUCCUUCAGCUGGCCAGUACUUCUGAGUAAAACUCCUAGAUUUUUGACUUGUACUACAAACACAUUUUUUUUUUAUAAUAGCCUCUCUACCUGUGUUUUAUGUAUUGUCCAUUUUUUUCUGACAUAAGCUACCUGGGUCCACUUUUUUCCUUUUUAUUUUCUUUUUUCGAACAAAACGAAGCAAGAAAAGUUCUAGUUCAGUGGUCUUCCUUCAUCUUCUAUACAUCACUACCAAUCAGAUGUAAGAGAAGCUUCUUAUAGGAAAAUGGAAAGUGUUGCGGAUACAGGUAACUGAGCAGAAAUUCGGGGGAGAGCUUAAGGAUCUGAACUUGGAAUCUUUACAACUGGGCUGGGAAGAGUCUCUCUAACCUGAUUUGACUGGUAUUUUCAUAGAAUUUUAUUGCUGUUAAAAAGCAGACAGUUCAAAGAAAAUAUCUUUUUCUUUAAUCAGGUUUUUGCUGUUCAUGAGGGAAAUGAAAGAUACCCAUUUCAGUUGAGUUUUUCGAAGGUGAAACAUCCAAGCCAGCAAUCAUCAUGUCAUUUAUGCCCCCGAACUUCAAGUUUUAUAGGCAUUCUUUGAAGGUUGAAAAGGCACACGAUAAAUGUUCCCAUGUCAAAUACUCUUUCUUUCACCUGGCUGAUCUCGAGCUGAAGCUAGAUUUUAUUUGGUUUUAAUAAAUAAUCUGACCUCUCCUAGUGGAAGAGAGCCCUCACAGUGGGCCUUCCUGGCUAUCUUUGUCAUUUAAUUAGCUUCAAAAUACAAAAUGAUCCAUACAACCAUGGAAUAUUUUCAGUCUCACCCAAAGGGCAGCACAAAGAAUUGGACCAUACGUAAGUCAGAAGACACAUAGGGGAUGCAGUGGGCUGUCACGCUAGUAAACAGCCCUUGUGUCCAGUGCAACACAAUCCCAGAUUUGAGUGUGUGCUCAUGUUUUUUUCUCCUACUUUUCUAUUAUUUCUGUGUAAAUCCCUCUUAUCUCUGCAGGUAUUUUUUCUCUUGGAUAAAAGGACAUUUUUGUUUCGUAUUAUUUUGUCUUUCUUUAUGAAUGCACUGAUAUUUUAAAUGCUCUAUUUUAAGAUUUCUUGAAUCUUUAAAAAAAAAAAUGAUGGGUUCUCUAGGGUCUUUAUUUCCUAUGAGUAAAUACUGCCAUGGGAGGGGAGGGUGGAGGGAAGGGAGGGGCGUGUCAGUAUAAGGGUGGGGCGGCUGGUUGUACCUGUUCAGCAGCAGUACAGUUUUAUGGUUGGCAUGGUUUUAAAGAAAUGGAAUAGAAGAAUAGCCGUUUUGUGUUUUGAUGACCAAUUACGCUGUAUUUUAACACAAUGUAUGUCUGUUUUUUUUGUGGUGCUCUAGUGGUAAAUAAAUUAUUUCAGUUAUA